AUGCUGCUGCUAGUGCUGCUGCUAAUGGAGCGAACGGAAACGCUACGCAUACAGACAGACACCAACGCAGUGGUAGCCACCAGCAGCAGCAGCAGCAGCAGCAGCAGCAGCAGCAGCAGCAAGGACACAGCUCUAUCGGAGCUGCUGUCUCUGGCUUCUUUCAUUGAGCAGCAGCAGCAGCAGCAGCAGCAGCAGCAGCAGCAGCAGCAACAGCAGCAGCAGCAACAGCAGCAGGAACAGCGGCAGCAGGAACAGCGGCAGCAGGAACAGCAGCAGCAGCAACAGCAGCAGGAACAGCAGCAGAAGGAAGACACAGUAAAGGAAGAGCAGCAGCAGCAGCAGCAGCAGCAGCAGCAGCAGAAGCAACAGCAGCAGCAGCAGCAGCAAGACACGCAGCAAAAGGCCCAAGGCAACGAAACACACAAACAUACACUGCAGCAGAAGCAAACGGACGGUGAAGACAAGCGACAGCAGCAGCAGCAGCAGCAGCAGAAGCAGCAGAAGCAGCAGCAGAAGCAGCAGCAGAAGCAGCAGAAGCAGCUGCAGCUGCUGCAGCACGCAGGCCUCUGA